GCAGAUGUGUUAAUGUUGAAUUAGUCUGAACAACUGUUCCUAAAUUUCAUAUUCUAAAUCAAAUCUUUAAAAACCCACUCACAAAGCUGAAACUAUUUUGCUUAGGUUAUAAAAUGUGGAUCUUUUAUGGCUAUCACAGACAUAUGUUGACCUUAUAGUAAACGAUGCAUUGCUGUAGAUAAAAGUACAAAACUGAGUAUCAUUUCACUGCAAUGAGUCAUUUUACUUACUUCUUUAAGUACAAUUUUGUGACAAGUUUGCUUAGGUUUUGAAUGCAUGACUUUUACUUGCAGCAUAGUAUUUUUUAAGUGUAGAGAUACUUUUUCCUCUCUUCACCUGCCAGAGCUGACGGUCUACAUAAAAAAUGCAGAAAAAAUCUCCCUGAGGAAAGAGUCAGGCAAACAACUUAUCCUUUUUAAGCAUGUGCUUCCUCAUAGUUCUGAUCUUCCCAUCUAUUUCGUUUAGUCUUUUCUCAUCUAUAUUUUUGAUAUCUCUAUUUCCAAUGCUGUGUGAUCUUCAGAUAUUGUUUAUUAUUUGCCUUCAAUUCUCUUUUUCCUACAAAGCUAACUAUAAUUACUUAAAUUUGAGUAAAUGAUCUGAAUAUUUCUUCCACUACUGGGGAAGUAAGUUAAACCCUUAAACCCCGUACAAAGGCUUCUUAGGCCCUAACUACAUUUCCCACAAUUCCCAGCUGUGCGUCUGUAUAAACGUCACUUCAAUACGUCGCAGUCUGAUUGAAAGACAUUCAACCUUGUGUUGGGUUCUGUGUGGUUGUUCAUUCCUUCCUGUUUACAUCAGAGAUGUCGUGUCCCGUUUAUCACGCCGCACCGGAGUUGAACCCAAGCCUCCUCCCCUUAAACUGGCUCCUUGGUGCCUGGGAGUCAGAUGAGCCUGGAGAAGGCAGCUUUCCUUCCAUAGAACCGUUCCGCUACACAGAGACCCUGCACUUCAGCCAUGUCGGAGGACCAAUGAUAAACUUCAUGUUCAAUGCGUUCCAUGCAGAAUCUAAAAAGCCGAUGCACCAGGAGUGUGGCUUCAUUCGAAUGCAGCCAGGAACCAACAAAGUGGCGUUCAUCAUCGCACAAAACUCAGGUCUGAUGGAGAUUGAGGAGGGGGAGCUGACUGGGAAGCAGCUGAACCUGAAGACCCACGCUCUGGCCAGAAUCUCUUUUGCCAAGAAGCCACAAGUCAAGCAGAUUUCCAGAGAGUUUCAGCUCCGAUCAGAUGGAAGGCUGGAGCAGACUGUUUCCAUGGCAACAGACAACCAGCCUCUGAAGCAGCACCUGCACGUCGUCUACCGUCGGCCAUCUUGAUUCAUCAUGCAGGCUGGCUUCUGCUGCAUAAAUAACUUUGUCUGGCAUGACAAAUGUUGCUGGGAAAAAAAAGGCUUGGUCAAUAAUCAGAUGUGUCAGAUAAACAUGUAAACAUCUAUAUUAUCCAUUAAUGGUACAUGCACUAAUAACAGGUAAUGGUUUAUGCAUGGCUUUGGGACAGAUGUAAGUUGUAUUUAAUGGCCUCGUUUGGGAAACUAUACUUUUUGUUUGGAGUUAUGUCUCUAUUAACUGCCAGAUAUUUGAUCAUUGAGUUUGAAAGCUUAUGAAGGAUGAUAUUGAGGACAGUAUCAUUUUUUCAUAUCAUUGCACUAUUAUAAGUUUGACAGCUAAAUUAACUGUUGUGCUUCUGGAGUCACUUUUUUUGUUUGUUUAGAGUUAGUUUUUCUUUUACUUUCUAUGUACUUCUUCCUGUCCUUGUGGAUUUCAAAUUUGAAUUUCAUUUUCAAUAAAGUCUUUGUCUAAAACUGAAA